AUGAACAAGAUUAAUGCUAUCUUUCAAGCGUUGGAUUCACAGAACUACAAGAACGCUUUGAAGCUAUGUAAUGCAUUCCUUCAGAAAAAGGCAGAUCACGCGUUAGUCAUUGUAUUGAAAGCUCUCUCACUUCAAAAGCUCGGUGAGACUGACGAAGCUGUCAAACUUGCCGAUUCCAUCGCAUUCCAAGGUCAAGUCGAUGAGAAUGUUAUUUCGAAUCUAAACUAUUUCUAUAGAUCUGUCAAUCAGCUUGAUAAGAUGUGUAGAGUAUGGGAAGCGUCCUAUAAGAAAUUCCCAAAACUAGAAAAGUUGGCACAAGGAGUAUUCUUGUCAUUCUCAAAAGUUAGAGAUCUAAAGAAUCAAAAGGAGUACUCUGUUAUUCUCUCAAAGGAAUUCAAUACACCAAGAAACAGUUUCUGGUAUCUCAUGACUCUUUUGACUAUGGCAAUGGAAAACCCAACCAAUCUAAAUCUACAACUCACUGAAAGAUUAGCUGAUAAAUUAGCUACUGAAGGAAAAUUCUCAUCAACUGAAGAAUUAUUUAUUUAUGAAACUAUUCUUGAAACUCAAAAUAAAUAUCAAAAGUAUUUAGAAAUCAUGAAAGGUAAACUGGGUGAUCUGUAUAAUUAUCAACCAGACAAAUUGAAACAACUAGCCAAAAUAUAUGAAAAGUUGGAAAUGUAUAAAGAAGCUUCCGAAAGUUAUAAGGAAAUCGUUACAAAAUAUGAACCCGAUGAAUGGUCAUGUUUUAUUGGAUAUUUCAAUUCAAUGGAAAAGAUUGAAGGUGUAGAUAAGAAUGAGAUAUUCGAAUGGAUCAAAACACAACAGGCCAAUAUGAAUGUCGCCAAACCAAUCAGAGCACCAUUCAUUGCAGAGUUGGAGUUGGCCAAUCGUCAGAAACAAAAGUUGGACGACUUGAUUGUCUCUUACUUUAAGCGAUUCGGAAGCAAGCCAGUUUGUUUCUACGAUCUCAAGUCCUAUUUGGUCAACUACGAAUCACUCCCACUCGAACAACGCCAACAGCUGGUCGACAAUCUCACCCAACUUUUGGUUUCAGAUGCCGACGCCGCCUCGUCACCCAACAAAUCGUCGGAACGUGUACUCCAAUUGGCAAACAUCUAUCGAGUUCACCGUGCUCUCGGACUCCAAUAUGGAAUGUCUGCCGCCGACACUGACAAGCUAGUAGCAACGCUGCUCGACGAGUACGAGAAGAACAGAGUGUCGACCGCCGCCACUCAACAGAUUUCCGAACCCGACAAACUCGGUCAAUUCAACUCGAUUCCAUCGGUGUCGUUCCAACUGCCAACCGAAGAACAACGUGCCAAAUAUACAUUCAACCAAGAUCUACAGGUACAGGACCAAUGGAACAGCACCACCUACAAACAACCAUUGGAUGCCACACCAACUCCAGGUAUCAAUUCAUUCACAUGGAAUUCGAAUCAGCAGACACUGAUCGAGCAAUUGAUUUCACGUCGUUUGAUAUUGGCAUUGAUUGUUGCUUCAAAGAUCACAGUGAAUCCAACCAAGGGUGCAUCCCCACAUGCAACCAACUACGCCGAACUCUUGGAAAAGCUAUCACAACAAUUCACCAAACUUCCAAGUUCAUCUGAAUUCAAUCUUUCCCUCUACUCAACAAUUAGCCAACUCUUCAGCAUCUACCAUUCUCUCAGAGUACAACUCUCCACUGCCUCAUCGAUCACACUUGAAAAUAUUGAAUCCAACGUUCAAUCAUUAUUCAAUCAAUUCAUUGAAAAUCUUAAAUCAUUACGUAAAGUGAUUUGUGGAUCAGUUGAUUUGGAUAGAAUUAGAAUGUUGACAACUCAUUUGGAAUUGAUGACAUGGGCGUUGUUUGUGUUGUCAGAGUUGAACAAGGUUAUUCCAUCAAAGAAACAAAAGAAGAAGGAUGAAGUUCAGGUGGAGCUAAGAAAGAGAUUCGAUCAGUUCAUUAAAGAUUUACAAAGUGUUGGUAUCAAAGAUAUCGAAACAGAUCUAGCAUCACUCGAGCAAUCACUCUCGAAAUUAAAUAUAACAAACAGCGAUAAUCAACAACAACAACUGCCACCAUUCAUCGAUUUGACUGGAACACUUUCCACCAUUGAAGAGAACUCUCUUCAAAUCAAAAAACAAAUUGCCGGCUAUCUAAGCACCCUAAACUCUUUAACCAAAUUUGAAUAG